AUGGAAUUCACCGAUGGGUUCGGCUUGUGCUCCCCUGGGCGCUGGCCACCUUCAAAAAGAAGAUGUGCAGCAGACACAUCAUCGCUUGGAUUUGCAAAGAGCUUGGGCAAGGAGUUGCGCAAACUCUUGGCGCAAAAGUUGGAUGCACGUGCGCUUGCUUUCAAACUUGCUACAGGUACUUUGCAUAAUUGUCCAUUUUCAGAUGAGCUGAUUCAGGAUGGUCGCGAACUUCUUUUCACCGCUUUGGAAAUGGCUGGAUGCAAGCUACCAGUCAGAGAGACGCCAGAGGACCAGCCGUUCUUUCUUGCUGCGAUUGAAGAAUUGCUGCGGAUUUCUGGGGACCCGGACUGCAGAGCAUUUUACUCUAGCAAAUAUUCCUUUGCCAAGGGUGUCAAAGUUGGCUAUAAAUCAAAACUGCCGCGUGUACCUGCUGUUUUCAACCGUAAGAACAGAUGGCGAAAGUAUGCGCUGGGUGAUUUUGAGCUUGGGGUCUGCCGCGAGAAUUAUUUGUCUGCGCGACAACACGCCGAGCAUGUGCAUCAGCAAUUCUUGGAAGAAGAGAAAUUGGGAGCCAUGAUUGAGGUACCGCUCGAGGAGGCGCAGAGAGAAUAUGGACAGCAGCUUGCCGUGGCUUCACUUGGGGCAAUUGAGAAAAAGGGAGGUGCUUAUAGAGUGGUGCAUGACGGCACACAUGGGAUAGGCGUGAAUCCUGCAAUCCCAGUGCGAGACCAAAUUCAGUCACCAACAGCGGGUGACGUGGCGGCAGUCAUGCAGGAAUUGCCCGGAGUCUUCUUUGGGCUCACUGGUGAUGUAGCACGUGCACAUAGACUGGUCAAGAUCGCGCGUGAGGAUUGGGGACUUUUGGCGUGCCGAACGGGCAUCGGCAACAGCGACGCCUUGUGGUUGAACAAGGUCGGUGCGUUCGGCAUUGCUUCUGCUGCAUACCACUGGAGCCGCUUGCUUGGUGGAGUAGGAAGGGCAGUGUAUUAUUUGCUUGGGCAAGCAGAGAUUUUUCUGUUAGCGUACGUAGAUGAUUUGCUGUGGCUCACCAGAGACUGCAAAGGCCUAGAAUUGAUCGUGCUGUCCAUCUAUUUCUUGCAAAUCCUGGGAUUGCCUUUUGCGUGGCAUAAAUUUCAUGGAGGAUUGCAAUUUGAAUGGGUUGGAUUUCAAAUCUGUCUAGACGGAUGCAAGCUAGGGAUCAGCGAGCGAAGAUCACAAUGGCUGGUGGGUUGGCUUCGGCAAGCGUGCAAUGAAGGUCAGGUGCAAGUUGCAGAUAUGUCGGCGGUGUUGGGUCGCUUGUCAUUUGCGUUAACAGCAUUGGGACAUUUAAGACCUUUCUUGGGACCCAUAUAUGCGUGGGUUGCAGCUGUGACAGGGAAGAUGCGUGUUGCCAGGUUGCCCAAAGCAUUCAAGCUGAUUUUUAGCUUCUUGUGCACAGCAUUGGACGGAGAUGGACGGCUUCAGGCGCUUGGGAGGAAAGUGAGUGAAGAGCGGGAGCUCUACCGCACAGAUGCCCGUGCUGAAGGGGAUGAGGUGUGGAUCGGCGGCUGGGCAUUGGAUCACAAUGACACCCGCCGUUGCCGCUGGUUCUCUGAAAGGCUAGACCAUACUUCUGCGCCGUGGUUGUUUUGCAGUGGCGAGUCUUAUCGGCAGAUUGCUUCACUCGAGCUGCUUGCGACACUUGCCGCUGUGGUAGUCUUUGGUUUACCUGUGCAAGCGGCUGGGCGUGUGAGAUGUUCGGCCUCAACUGACAACAAAGGUAAUGCACAGGUAGUAAAAAGAUGGAUGACCACCAAGUUCCCUUUGUGUGCCUUCUUGAUGGAGCUUGCCAUCCAAUUGCAGCGCUCUGGAGCUGAGCUGUGGCUCCACUGGAUACCGAGGCUGCAGAAUGAAGAAGCGGACGCGCUUAGCAAUGGAGUGCACGCAGGUUUUGACCCUGCGUUGCGGCGCCGUUUUGAUCUGCAGACCUUCCAGGGGGUUGUCCUUCACCAGAUGCUGGCGGAAGGAGCCAACCCGUAUGAUGAGAUCAAGGAAGCCAAGAAAGGAAAAUUUAUAAAGAAGCUGCCCAAGAGUCAGCACCCGGCAUUGCAGUUCAAUGUGGUACCUGAUGUUUUGAGAAGGAAUUUAUUCAGACUGUGCACCCUGGGAAUCCAUGAGAUAGCGCAACAAAGAAUUGCAAUUUUGAAAGAGGUGAUGAAACUCAAAUUGGCACUAGCUUCAGAAGAGCGGCAGUUGCGAGAUGGCAUGGAGGCCCAUGUUAACACGGUCACAAAAGACAAGGCGCUGGUGCUUUGGAGGCGGCUUUUGACGGAGGCUGAGUCUCCCCUAUACUACAAGAAAUAUGCGCCUGCAGUCAUGACAGUAGAACAGUUGGAUCACCAGGCAGUUUGGAAGCGCAGGGCCAUGAUGGGUAAGGCCAUUACAGCAGAAGAAAGUGAGCAAGAACUUGAUCUGGUGAGAGAGAGCCAGGAAGAGGUGGAGGGCAAGAAGGCUGUAGAUUUUUGCAGCCUUCCUGUUGCUCUGGGGGCACAAUUCAAUUUGGAAAACAUCAGAACUGGCGAUCUGGUGGUGCAGAACAAACCGGGUCGGCUUGAGAGGAUUGUUGAAAUGAUAACACUGGUGAAGGAAGGCGACGGGAAAUCGAAAUCCCUUAUUGCUUCAUUGGCUGGACUGAUGAACUUUGCAGGAGGAUUUGUAUUAGGCCACCACUUCAAGUUGGGAUCUCAUGCCUUGAACGCUUGGGCGUACAACCACAAUGUUUCCACUUCUGAUGUUCGAACGGUUUGCGACUAUUUGCUAGCUGUUGCCAAGUCAGUGCAGCCCCGGCGCAUACGCCUUCAUGACUCUGACCUUCCGUGGAUUAUUUAUACCGACGGAGCUUAUGAGGACGGAAGAGGCACUUGGGGAGCGUUGGUCUAUGACCCACUGACUGGUAAGAGAUUGGUCUUUGCAGGAGAAGUUCCGGCUGUGUUGACUUCAUACUGGGCAGCAACAGUUGGAGAACAAUUGAUUUGUGAAAUUGAAUUGUUUGCUUGUAUAUGCGUCAGGUGGCACUUGCGGAAAGAACUGAACAAUCGUUAUGGGAUCGCUUUCAUUGACAAUGAGUCCAGCCGGAUGACUCUGAUCAAAAGGAACUCGCCUUCCCAUGCAAUGUUCUUGAUGGUAUCCUUGCUGAGCUUGUUGGAUGUAGUGUUACCCUUUAGCGUUUGGUGUGACCGGGUGCUGAGCGCAUCCAACCCUGCUGACCUACCGUCCCGAGGGAAGUCGGCUGAGCUUGGCAAGUUACUUCACGCCACCGACUGUGGUAACAUUCAGCUGCCUGCCUAUGUUCUGAACUUUCUCCGAAGGGACCAGUUUGAUGUUGAAUUGGCAGAGCUCGUGAAAUUCGAAGCUUUGUGUUGGCGCGUGUUGGAGUUAGCUGGCUCGGGCGUCCGAUCUGCCAACGAUGUGUUGUCACCUCCGCUAAAGCAAGGUCGUGUCUGGGUGAAAUUUGGAGAGCCAGAGCCAAAAAUCAUCAAGUUCAGCCAAGAGGAGUUAGCUGUGGCACGUUUUUUCAAAGGCCUGCUCCCAUGUUCAGAUCCCAUCCCGCUGGUGGAGAAACCGGGCCCAGUAUCAGUAGCAGCUGCAGAUGCUUUUGCUGAGGAUGGUCGGUUCGGCAUUGGAGGCAAGGAUUUGCAGGCUUAUAUCGCGGUGUUAGAGGCUUUGGCACAGCUAGUCUUGUUGGAUUGCCAGCGACGAGUGAUUCAGAUGCACAGCAUUUUUGCUUGGAUUAGCUUGCGUCAGUUUUGCGACAACGCCGGGGUGGUUUGCGUGUCGCAGAAGGGCCUAUCUUUGCGCCAGUGCCAGGCCCAGGGUGCCCUGUGGCCUGGAAUUGUUUUCCCUACAGCAGCAGAGGCAGCAUACCAUGCCUUGCUAGGCAACAAAAUGGCUGAUUGCGUUUUGCAGAUAGCCAAGACUACUAGCUGCUCCUCCUCACAAGGGGCAGAAACAACUGAGCAGCUUGAUGACCAGGCUGAGCAGCUUGAUGACCAGGUUGAGCAACUUGAUGACCAGGUGUUUCCGUGCAAAAGGCCCAGAAUAACUUUCAAGUACGGUGUUUGGCACAGCCCUGAAGAAUUUUUGAAGAAGGCAAUGGAUUUUUGCCACCCUAUGGACAAUGAGUCAGCGCUGCACCCUGUCACAAAGCAAGCAGUCCAAAAGGUGGUCAAUACGUGCCCAACAAAGCUGGCCAAAGAGAGGCUAGCAGCGGUCUUCAAGACGCGGAAAAUGUCAACUGAGCUGGGCGCUGCUGAAAACGAGCUGAAGGCUUCCAUGCAUCCCGACGUGCGUAGAUGCGUUCAGACCAAAAACAUUGUGUUGUUUGAGCGCCUCCUUUUGCACUUUGACUUUUGGGACAUGGAUGUUGUCAACCUCUUGAAGCACGGAAUUCAUCUAGUGGGGUUGCAACCUUCGCCCAAUGGAUGCCAAAAGCAGUUAGUGCCAGCAAGCAUGACUGAGGACGAACUUUUCUUCCAAACGGCCAUGUGGCGGCAACAGGGCAUCAGGUACUGUGCCUUCACAGAUCCCGGGCAGGUCAAAAAGACCCGCAACACCAAAGUUGGUGCCAUGGACAUUGAGGAGGCCCCAGGCUAA